AGGAAGCAAUAAGACACUACAUAUACAUGCUGACUUAAACAUACUGAGCCAGAGUUUAAGAGUCUUCGAUGCAUGUGAAAAUCAAUAGGGAUAUGUGGCUUUUCAGCUACAGGUUCGUCACAUUGUGUCGGCUUUGGCUCGGAUAAAACAGUUGGUGUUUCAGAGUCGGGACAUGUUGCUGUUCAUCUCUUACGUAAUUUUGCUGCUUGUCGAUGGAACUAAAACAGAUGAAACUAAUACAGAAACUGACCUGGCACUGGACAAGCCGGCCAGUUCAAGUUCGCACAUUAUCCAUCCACCACAAGCGGUAAACGAUGGGAAUACAGGCACAACUUGGGGUAGUAACAGCUGCUUCGCAGUUCAGUUAGCAGACUACGACCCCUGGUGGCAAAUGGACCUACAGGUCAAGGUCAAAGUAACCAAGGUCAAGGUCACAGCUAGAAGUGAAUGCUGCCCUGAAAGACUUCAUGAUUUUUCAAUUGACGUGUACCAAGAACAACCUUCCAACUCUGCCCCCAAAGUAUGCUACUUCUACUCCGGUAGCGUGUCAAACCCGGGGGAGACUGUUACCGUCACCUGCUCAAGACCCGUCACCGGUCGCUUUGUCAGGAUCAGCGGCAAAAACAAGUUAAAUCCUGAAGAUGUUCUCCAAAUGUGCGACGUACAAGUGUUCGGAGUUGCAAUAUCUACACAUUUCGAUUCAUGCGCAUCCCUCGUUCAAUAUAAACAACAACAUUCCACCAAGACUCCACUGAAGACCAUCAGCGAAGGAAUCGACAAUACCGCAGCUUGUGCUGCUGCAUGUGAACGCUCGGAGUCCUGCACGGGCUUCAGCAUCAGACACCUACCGGCCACAGUGUGUGAACUGCUUCAAGGGGAGAUAAGUCCCUCUCUUCAGGCUGACGUCACAUGGGACAGUUACGUGUAUCAAGGAUGCUUCAGUGUGUGCGAAUGAAACUAUUAACUCCUUUACUGAAUCAGGAUUCAUUAUAACUUAGUCAGAACGUUAUUGUUAGAAUGUAAACAUAAGUUAAGGCUGAGAUGCAUAUUUUCUGUCCUCUUCUUUGAGUUUCUACACUGUCACUUACUUACAAAGAGUUACGUCCCUUUUUUUAAAGUACAUGUUUGAGAAAAUGGCUCAUGUGUAAGCUAUCAUGAACUGCUCUUAUGUGUUAUUUUUGGGUUUGCAUUAAAUUGCACUGAAACUGAAGAAAAUUUUGUUUUUACCAAAAGCCAAGUCAUCAUUUCAGCAAUCAUUCAAGUCAAUAAUCGACGAACGGUAGGUUUCUUCUGACUUGUUCAAUACUGACCAAUGGCGGGGUUCAAAGACCACUGCGGCCAUUGCAAGUUUUCCUGAUUACAACACUCAAGUGAGCGCGUGAAAGUGUAACACAGUCGUAUAUUGGACAUGCGUUUUCCCAUACACUUUAUGCAAAUUUCAUGUCAUCAAUCAUUAGAAUAUUCUUUUGCUGAAUGACAUGAUUUCCAACAUCGGCAGGCAUUUUGUCACCAUUCUUAAGCUUUUAUUUUGUAAAACUUAUGAAUAUUACUUCAAUGUCUGUAUGUC